CUCGCCAGUGAACGGUUGAAAAGCGGUCUGUUUUCGCAAUCCGUUUCGUGCGAAAAAUCAACAUGUCGAAGGCUAUUCUGAAAACUUGCGAGAAGCUCUACGGAACCAAGGAUUUGUACACACUCUUUGGGGUCGAGAAAAAAGCAUCUGAGCAGGAAAUUAAAAAGGCCUACUAUCGUCUGUCUAUGAAGACGCAUCCCGAUCGCGUUCCCGAGGAAGAUAAAAAAAAUGCUACGGAAAGGUUCAAGGUGCUGAGCAAACUUUACGGAGUGCUGACGGAUAAGGAUAAGCGCGCUAUAUACGACGAACGGGGCAUCGUUGACGAUGACGGGGAGGACGGGGAGGACAUUCUGAAAGCCAGAUGGCACCGUCUCUUCACUCCACUGACCGUGGAGGAAAUUGACGAUUUCAAGAAAACCUACAUCGGUUCCGAGCUCGAGCGAAACGACAUCAAGAAGGCGUAUCUGAACGGUCGCGGUUGUAUCAACUAUAUGAAUCAGAUGGUUCCUUUCAUGAGCUGCGAAGAUGAACCGCGGGUGGCACAGAUUGUGCAGGAACUUAUCGAUGCGCAGGAGGUGCCGGCGUACGAUGCCUUCCUCAAGGAGCCGAAGGCAAAACGCGAUCGCCGUCACAAGAAGUAUGCCCGCGAAGCCAAGGAAGCCGAUAAAAUGAAGCGCGAGAAGCGUGAGGACGACAGCGAAAUGGCUUCACUGCAGAAACAGAUUGCUCUCCGCAACACCGCACGGAAGAGUGCGUUCGAGUCCAUGAUCGAUUCGCUCGUAUCGCGCUAUGGCGAUGAGGACGGGUCGCAAGAGUUCGAAUCGCCGAAACGGAAGCGAGCCAACAGCAAGAAAUCGGCUGACACAAAACCGCAAACUACUCGCAAGAACAAAAGUCGUGCAGCCAAAUCCUAAAUUCACUCACUUACUAGGAAGAGGCGAAACGAGACGAUUAGUCCGCGAAAAAUUGCAACACGAACCGGUGAACCGGCACUUGCUGCAUUGUAUUUAUUGGAAACGCCGCUCCUUGUGGCAAUUUGAAACAAAAUAAACCGCUCUACGGGAACUACGUUUAACGUGCAAGACAAUUGAGUUGAAGAUUGCUUCGCCAAACAAGAUGUGAUGCGUCUUUCGUGCGACGGAUGCCUUUCCAACCCCUUUAUAGAAAACAAUUCGGCGAUGGAUGACAUACUGAGUACUUACUUUCAUUUCAAACCCAAAACACGGUAGGCUGCGCAGUACGAUCAUAUAUUUUGUUAUAUUUAUCUUUACUCAUGAAAAUAUUCCAUGUGCCCGGGGAACGGUGUAAACUCUGACGGCUUCUCGCUAGCUACUCUUCGCCCCUUUCCGUCGCUUAGGUUACUAAGAAGAGUUUACUACGUUAGCAGUUAAAAAAAUCUCACUUUUGCGUUUGCACAGUCAUUUAUAAGUACAUUCUACAUUUGUGUGCGGAACUCGCACGCAAUAUAAGCACACCGGAAUGGGUUAAAACACAGGGCAGUGCGUAGAGAAUCGUGGACACAGCUUUAGGUGGAGUUGUGAUGCUUUUAAAAAUGGAAAAAGCGUACGUGUCGAUGUCAAUCGGCGAUAGUGCGACCAUUUCCUAGCAUAAACUUAGUCAUAUUUAAAAUCUCACGUACAAAAAGGUAUGUAUCACUGGAAUGUUGUAUCGCACCAGGGUCGGCCAGCGUCCGAUUACGCCGGCGGAAUGUGAACUUAAGAAUUAGAGUUAAAAUCAUUGGAUGGAAUACAAGAAUAAAAUUAUCAUC